AAAACUGCAAACCCCCGUGAAAAAGCAGCAGCAGCUAGCCAGAAUUUUCAUUGGUUUACUUUUUCGGUAUAAUUUCGCGGAAAAUCGCCCGAAUCAUUGCGGAAAAGUGGUCAACAGCAGCCGCCGGAGAGCAUUUUGUCGUUGGGAGUGUUUGCCAAAUCAGGAUACAGCACUAGCUAAGGAAAAUCUAGAAUUUUCUGGUACCUUACCCACUCGACUGUGGAAUGGUCGUCAUCGAAGUAGGUGAUCGAUAUUAGUGCUGAUUGGAACGAAAAUAGACGGUGUUUGCAAAUUUCCGUAAACAUUGCGAAAUUGCAGGAAGGAUAUUGUUGAAACUCAAAAACAACGGCGUAAAAGAUCGCCAAAAUGAUAAACCUCAAAGUAAAGACGUUGGAUUCGCAAAAUCAUGACUUCAGUGUGGAAGAUGAUAUUACCGUGCGUCAAUUCAAGGAACAGAUCGCCGAAAAAAUCAACGUUUCGGUGGACAUGCAACGUUUGAUUUAUUGUGGCCGUGUACUGAGUGACGACAAACCACUGAAAGAAUACGAUGUCAACGGAAAGGUAGUCCAUCUGGUGCAGAGAGCGCCACCAUCUGCGCGGGGCAGUAGCACUAGCGGUUCAAACUUGGGCGAUGAUAGUAAUCGAGGCUCGGCUAAUAGACGUUCUCGUAGCAGCGAUAAUGCUGGCCGGCCGCAGAUGUUCCGCGGUCUGGACGAUUUCAACACCAUGUAUUUUGGUUCAAUGACUUCAAUUCCACUGAACGUUAAUGCAACGACUCCUCCGCAAAUCCCUUCCGUGAGCCCUUCGUCGACGCUUUGCAUGAAUCGGAUAACUGUUGCUCGACACAUGCUUCAGUGUGUUGACAACAUCAUUAGUUAUUUGGAGGCUCCGGAACGAGGACUCAACAAUACGUCGAUGGACAUUCUUUCGCAACAGACAAUGGAGAGUACCGUUUUCGAAGUCGGCAUCAGUGCCGUUGGAGACGUUGACAUCCCGCACAAUCAGAUGCAAAAUUUUGUCCAGGCUUUCCAAGGUGCGGUUUCGGCUGCUUUCCGUCAAAAUGGGAUAUCCAAUGUUACCGUGCAGCAGCAGGAUACGCUCAACCCUUCGGUGCAGGUUUUUGGUACUAUUCCCGAUUCGGCGAUCAUCACACCGCCCAAUACCAGUGCUACGGCCACUCCGGCGCAGGAAAGUUCCGGAGCAUCAUCGGGUAGCUCUUCCACUUCUUCUAGCACAUCUGAAUCUAGCGCCGAUUCCAGACGGCAAGCUCGACCAGGUUCGUCGCGCAACCAAACCACAAGCACACAAACGCUUGCGGAGGUAGUGAAUCAGAUGCGACGGGUGCAACGACGGAUGGAACCAUUUUUACAGCAAUAUUUUGACAUUCUGCAGAAUGAUCCUACCUUCGAGGAAUCGGAUACUGCUGGCCGUGAAAGUGCUCAGCGCGUUUUUGACCGCAUAUCCGAGGCCCUCCAUUACAUGUCCCACGCGCAGCAUGCGAUAAGCGAUCUGAUGCUGGACCUGCAAACUACUGCGCCGCGCCAUUUGUGCUGUCGGCCGAUUCUUAUCGAGCAGUCAGCUUUCGUAAGUUCUGGCAUUGCUGCUGUUCCUAACAACAUCAAUCUCGCUAAUCUGCUGCGGGCAACCAACAACAAUAAUAACACUGAUAUGGGCAACAACAAUAUCAACGCUCAAAUUAUCAAUGUAGCAAUUCCUACAAUGUCUGGUUCGACACCUAGCGGUCCGAUUCAUAUUCCAUUACUAGAACACGUUGGGCAUCCACAGAGACCUGCAGGGGACUCCGGGCCGACCUCAGGAACUGGUUCUACUCCGCCAACAACAGCAAGUGGACCGAACACUGGGUCAAUGCCACCACCGAAUCAACAGCAACAACAACAACAAGGUCAGUCCACUAGACAUUCUGUUAACAACCUUCCGGACGAUGUCGUCACUCGUGUCUAUAUCCCACUGUACGACCCGUCGACCGUAGCUCGUAUGCAGAAUAUGAUACAAUCGAUGGGAGCACCGCCGUCAAGAGACGGUUCUGCUACGAGAGCUGCCAAUCCUCGAAGCAGCAACACUUCUGCUGGUGGCAACAAUGCGGCGACGAAUGACAGCCAACAACCACAGCAGACUACUUCACCUUCAACCGGCAACUCCCGGACGACCAGUGAGUCCGACUCGCAUAGCUCGAGUUCCUCCCCUGAACGAUUAUUGGACUCCAACAAUGCCCAAAUGCAGGUAGCACGAUUAAUUCAGGCCGUCGUCAAUGCUGCUCCGAUUCAUGCCGAUAUUCACGUACAAAUAAACGCUGGGGGAAAUUCUCCGGGAUCUUCGGCACCCAGCACCCCGGGUACGGGAAGCACUACAACCAGCAACAGCAGCGGCGGUCCACAGGCUAACCCCACGAUGACGAACAACACUUCAACCAACACCAAUAGUGGAAGCAAUGACAAUGGGUCUCAAUCGCGUUUUGCCACAGUAACCCUUCCGACAACCUCAACUCAAACGCGUUCCACUUCAAGGCCACACGUGCAUAGCAUCCCGCCAGCGCACAUCCGAAAUGUGCGUCCCAUCCCGGCCAACAUAUUAUCGUCCUUCGAUAGGUUUUUGUCGUGCAAUAGUCAUCACAUUCGUGAUAUCACAGACCGUGCUGCUACCGACUCGGCUACCCCGCGAAAUGCUCCUACUGUCAGCAACGCCAGUAGCAAUAACAGCAGCAACGGAUCCACACCCACGCCAGCUGCUAGCUGCUACCGCUCCCCUAGUCCCAUGGAUGUAGAUGAUAUUGAAUCCACAACGGCACCAGAACUGGUGUCAGAUAUUGCUGAAAUUUCGAUAUCCAUCGAACCACCUAUUGUCAAUUUGGACCAGUGUACAGCAAUUGUAAUCUCCGCCGCUCCUGUAUCAAACCAAACAUCCAACAUUUCGCAAGCCACCACUCCUGUUGCCAUGGAUAACAGCGAAGAUGUUACAAUGACGAUUCCCGUAGCCUUUGUUGAACCUCAGGUGCCACCUCCAUUAUUAAACGACAAUGACGAACUUCCUGCGGUGAUUAUCGGAUCAGAACCGUGGCACUCACAUUUGCCAUCCACGUGGAUACCCGUAAUUACACGGGAUAUAACUCGACAACGACGACAGAACCCCCAGGGCCCGUACUCAGACGCGUACAUCUCUGGCAUGUCGUCCAAACGGCGAAAGCUAAUAGCAGAAACCAAACCAUCAUCAGACGUUCCUUCUUUAAUCACGGAUGGCAUAAGGCACGCUUUCCGCGCAACCGGGAUCAAUCCGGCCAGUUCAGGCGGUAGCAAUUCAAACAUGGGAUCAGCCAACCUCGCUGUGGACGAGCUUGCCCGCUCGAUAUCGGAUGACACGGCCCUGCAGAGCUCCUACUGUGAAACCAUGAAGGCUAGCAUACGGGAACGAUUGUCCAAGGAUCCAGAUUAUGACGCAAAAAGGUUCCCCAAUUGUUCCAAAUAUUUUGAAAAAUAGUUAUUCGACGGUGCGUUAGAGAAAAAUAAGAGCUUUUGAUGCUGACGUUUGUGUUGAUAGUGGAACGAAAGAAAUGCUGUGAACUGUUGUAUAAAAAUGAGUGAAAGAGUGAAUGCUGUCUUGUUUUACAAUUUUCAUGCUUAUAAUCGAUAUGGACGUAUAUUUAGAGUUUAGCUGUUUCAGAUUACUGUACGGUAGAAUAUCCAAGAACAGAUAAUCACUAAUAAAUGAGUCUGUGUUAACAACACCAGAUAUGGCAGGUUUGAAUCCUCUAAAUACACAUUAAAACUAUUUGGCACUUUUGGCAAAACAAAAUGUUAAUUUAUAAAAAUUGUUUAUUUGCUUUGUGUAUAUUGCGUUAUAAAAAGCAAAUACAUAUUAAAAUGAACAAUAAA